CGUCACGUCCGGGCAGAGGAAGGAGACGUCAUCUUACACACAGGCUGUGAGUUGGAGCUUGAUGAUUUCUUAACGAUCACCUUAUUAAAGAAAGAAGAGUCAUGUCGUGGAUACGAGAGACUGAAUUAAGUCUUCUCGAAAGGCUUACUGCUAACAUCUUGAGGGCAGGACCCAUGCCCAAACAUGUUGCUUUUAUCAUGGAUGGAAAUCGACGUUAUGCCCAAAAGAGACAUGUGGAGAGACAGGAGGGCCACACUCAGGGCUUUGACAAACUGGCAGAGACGCUUCGCUGGUGUCUGAACCUCGGUAUCCAUGAAGUCACCGUGUAUGCAUUCAGUAUUGAAAACUUCAAACGAUCCAGAGAAGAAGUGGAUGGACUGAUGGAGCUGGCCAGACAGAAAUUCAGCCGCCUGCUGAUGGAGCAAGAGAAUCUUGAGAAACAUGGUGUGCGUAUUCGGGUGCUGGGCGAUCUGACUCUUCUACCUCUAGAUCUUCAGCAGGUCAUCGCCAAAGCUGUGGUGUCCACCAGAGCUCACAACAAGUGUUUUCUGAAUGUAUGUUUUGCAUACACGUCAAGAUAUGAAAUCGCAAAUGCAGUCAAGGAAAUGGCCUGGGGAGUCGAGCAGGGUUUAAUAAAAUCCAGUGAUGUGUCUGAGGUCUUGCUCAGUGAGUGUUUGUACAGCAGUAACUCUCCAAACCCUGAUCUGCUCAUCCGUACGUCUGGAGAGGUGCGCUUGAGUGACUUCCUACUCUGGCAGACCUCAUAUUCGUGCCUGGCGUUCCAAUCUGUCCUGUGGCCAGAAUAUUCCUUCUGGAAUCUGUGUGAAGCUAUCUUGCAGUACCAGUUAAGCCAUCGAUCUCUCCAGAAAGCUCAGGAGCUGCACAGAGAAGAUCAAGUGUUACAGCAGAUGGAAGCGGACCGUACGUGUGUAGCCGAACUCCUGCAGCAACGUGGGAAUGGAAAACCCAUGGACGCCCAGAGUCAACAGACAGCACUGAUAAACUACACUGCCAGACGAGAGGAGAGGGUUCGCUGCUUUUUGGAUGCCCUUCAGCACAAGCGAGACACUUUUUUAGAUGAUUUAAGCAGCCAGACAGUCGUUGCUUAGAUUUGAACUUUUUGUAUAUACUGUUAUGUAAAUACUUAAGAUCUGGAAGGAAGUUUCACCCCGUUUUAUGGGGCCGUUGUUGUGUAUGUUUAUCAUUGAAAUGACCCCUGUAGACAUGAAUUACCAAUCUUCAAAUUAAUUAACUUUGAUUUACUAAGGGACUUAGUAAUGCUAGAAAAUGCAAUGGGUGUAAUCUUUUCGGUGAGCCACUGUUGUUUACCCCAUAGAUGCAUACAGAGUUCUUUAUGACUUGAUAAUUUGUGAACAAGUAUUGGAGAACGAUCAGGCUUUACACAAGAUCUGAGUUUUUUUAUUGACUGUAACCUUCCAUAUGACUGUUGUGAUUUAAAUCACUAACAUAACUUGAACAUUUUAAAAUAAUUUGGUAUUUCUGUUUCAACUUUGAGACAUAUUGAUCACAAUCAAUGCCAGUUCUUACAGGAAAAAUUAAAAUAUAAUAAAAUAUAUUUAUCUAACAUUAA